AUGAGUGAUGUCCCCACGCUGGACUACGAGCUGCUCUCCCCGGGCCCCUCGCUCUCUGGCGCCCCCUCCAGUCCGCCGCUGGUCGGCGACGCCGAGCAGAAGACCGCGUUCGCCUUCGUGGGACUCCUAAUGCUGUUCCUGGUGUUCCUGCUGGUUCGUUGCUUCCGGAUCCUUCUGGACCCUUACAGCCGGAUGCCUGCGUCUUCAUGGACCGACCACAAGGAGGGGCUGGAGAGGGGACAGUUUGACUACGCGCUGGUGUAA